ACGUCUUAGAUGACGUUUUCUUUCACUUGAUUUUAUUCGCUCUGGUGUUAUUGAGCUGAGGAAUAUAUAAAAAAAUCAGUCAAAUUUUGUUGCAAUAUAAUUGUGAGUAACGGCAAAUUAUUACUUAUUUGCAAGCGUAUGGAAAAGCCAUUCGAAAUCGAAGUGAAAUUGUAAUUUUCAUAAGAAAAUAUCUAACUUCCCAAGCGGCUGAAAAAAAUUUCACUACGCGACUCCCAUUUUCGGUUAGGGUCGUGCCUUGCGUAUUGAAUGUAUGCGCGAGAAAGAAAACGCCAUAGGUUGCUUUUGUAAGCAGCAAGUGUGCGUGUGAAUGAGAAGACAAGUGUUAUUUUUUCUUUUUGGUGUAAAGUUGAAGAAAAUUUUUGAGCGAAGAAAUUAAUAAUGAGAUAAUCUUUGUAUUUAUCCAAAUAUCCUAAGCGAAGUGAAAGAAAAGCCAAACAAAUUGAUAAUUGUUUAUAUAAUUAAUAGAAUUUCAAAGAAAUAUGUUGAAGAAGUGCGUGUUAUGUGGCUAAAUAUCGAUAAGUCGCAACAGCUGAUGCACUGGUGCGUUUAAUCUUUAGUGUCAAAACCCCCACGCCGGUGGGCUAAAUCACUAAAACACCAGAGAGUGAUUCACAAGUUUUAAGCAGGCGUAGCACCUUUCCAAAACUGCAGUGGCUGAUAUACUAGUAAAUGUGGAAUUUGUUGUUGAAAUUUUUUGUGUAUGAAUAGUGUGAAAGAAAGUUUCGUUUAGGAAGGCUUUUUUGCUUUCUUUUUGUUGCAUGAAUCGAAGGAUUGAUUGCUGUUGUCUGCUUGUGGAUUACUGUGCUCGUGGUUGAGCGAAAGACGACUGCGACGUCGACGACCACGACGACGACGACGACGACGACAACGACUACCACGGAUCGGUUCUGUGACGAGCUACUGCUGGUCACUUGGAACACUUAGUCUGCUCUGGGUAUAAUUGCAUGAUGGAUGCUGGACAGCAAGAAACUAGACAGGCACAUCAACGUGCUUCCGUGAAGUGGCUCCUCGCGAAAGCGUUCAACAAUAACGUUCCAGACAAUUUGCGUGAACCCUUCUAUACCGAUCAUGACAAUCAGGAACGGUUAAAGCCGCAAAUUGUUGUGGAAAUGGGAAAUGCAACGCUAUACUGCCAGACAUUAUCCAAUAUAUACUCGGAUCCGAACUAUCAAAGUCUGAACCAUUGGUCCAUAUUGCAGACACUGUCACGCAAAGGUGUGCCAGUCGCUGAGUCACCAGAGAUGCCAUUAACCGAAACGGUUUUGAUUCAAACGAAUCCGUUAAGGAUAAACGCCCACAUGUCUGUGAUUCAGUCACUAAUGACUUUGUAUGCAAAAGAAAUAACUUCGGGCGAUCGCAUAGCAAGCGCCAUUGCAAGAAUUACGGGUAAUAAUGGCCAAAAUCUACAACCCGAGCAACCAUUUGAUCAGCUGUUGCUGUUGUGGAUCUCACACGCAUGCACUUCACUGAAGAAACGUAUCGCCAGAGAAGUUGAAUUGGGCGCAACUGAUGAAAAUGGUGUACGCCUGCAAGUGCCCAACAUUCCGUCAGUACAUGAUUAUCAAAGUUUAUGUGAUGGCGUUUGUUUAGCUUUAUUUAUAUCGUAUUAUUGCCCCAAAGCGCUACCAUGGACGCUUGUACGUAUUAAUUAUUUGCCAGCCGUUGAGGAUUCUAUACACAAUGUGUCUUUAGUCAGCAAUUUUUGUCAAAAACAUUUGCCAUAUAAUGUGUUCCAUAUGAAUCCUGAAGAUGUUACCUACAUGCGAAAUUCAAUGAAGCUGAAUUUAGUGGUACUACUGGCCGAUUUAUUUCUUUUAUUUGAAAUUCAUCCAGCAAAAUGUGUUUGCUAUCCGGGCAUGGAUGCACCAGAGGUCAUCAGUAAACGUAACUUUGGCGUUAAUGAGCAUGGAAUAUGUCACCGCAGGGGCCUCACAAUGCAGCCAGUCAUACCAAUUCCAGAUCUGAGAAGCGAUUCAGACUCGAUUUAUGGCUCACCAACGAGUCGACCUCCAUUUCAAGUUUCUUUUUCGGCCCCGGCAGAUUCUUCGGCCAGAAGUGAAUUAAUGCAAAAUGCGGGGGUGAGAAAUUCGGAGAACGAAGCUUUUGUUGUUCAUAAGUCACGUGGCGUCACAACCCUAUCAUCGUUGCACUCACAACAACAACAACACCAGCAACAGGAGCCAUUGGUUCCCGCACGUUUACGUCAAUCGAAAGAAAAGUCAAAUAUCGAGACAAAGGCUGAUGAAAGAGGUGAUUACGUACCAGCAGGCAGACCCAGCAAUUGGGAGCAAAAUCGGCGUCCUAGCUAUGCAGGCCGGCGCUCACGCAGGAACUCAUCCAGCGAAGACUCUCAAUUGACAAUUGAGAAUUUUGGUGGCUCUCAAGAUCAGUUGAAUGCUGUGGGACGUUUUGAGCGAGAGCGUGAGCGCGAUAGAGAACGAAAGCUGUCAAAUGUUAGUGUGGAACCCGCUGUGGCUGUACGCUCCUCCAUUGCUGAUGCACGCGGCACGCUGCAGCUGGGCUACGAUACCGACUCUGGUUCGGAAAAGCAGGAUCGUGAAACCGAGAAAUAUUUAAUGAAACGGCAUGCAAGUACCGACAAUGUUAACAUGAAUGCCUCCAAUACUCAACUCAAUAGCAUUGUUAGCACGGUGAGCAGUCCAAUGCCUUCGACCCGUAGACAACAUCCAAUUGAAAAAGACAACCUGGAAGAACAGCAACAAUAUGCCGAUCAAAAGGAUAGCAGCACGAAUGAUUAUGAGCACACGCUGACUAGGCGUUCAACGCAAAGUUCUGGUUCGAGCAAAGUGGAGGCUUGGAAUAAUAGUAAAAUAGAUCCUUAUGAUGACGAUCUGCGCACGCUUGAGAAUGCCUCCAAGUUGUCCAAUAUUCGCAUGAAACUCGAAGAGAAACGUUUGCGCAUCGAACAGGAUAAGCGACGUGUAGAAAUGGCGCUACUGCGUCAUCAGGAAAAGCUCGCACGCGAGGAUAUGGAUGCCUCGUCGGAUGUGCUGAAGUGGGAAACGUUAAGUAACGAUUCAAAUCGUACACCAGAUCUAGAUCCGCUCGACUUGGAUAAGUAUCAGCAAAGUCUGGCUAUUAUGAAUAUGAAUUUGCAGGAUAUACAACAGGAUAUUCAAAAGCUAACAGUCCAACAAAACCAAAUACAAGCACAACAAUUGCAAGCGCAACAAUUGAUGCACGCACAGCAUAUGGCCAACAUGUUGAAUCAGCCACCUUAUGGGUCACAACAACAUCUCAGCGAGAAUUUUAAUCAAAUGCCAAUGCAGCAGCACAAUUUCGGUUCAACACCACAUCUAGCACAUUCCUCAUUCAAUCCGCAUGCCAAUCUCUACAAUUCGCGUCCGCCCAGUCGUGAUCCCUACCAACAACAGAUGCCAUCGAUGCCAAUGCAAUACAUCAACGAACAUGGCCAAUAUGUGCCUCAGCAGCAACAACAGAUGCCGCCAAUGAUGCAGCAGCAGCAACAACAUUACAUGCAGUCCCAAAAAGUGUAUGGUGAUAAUAUGGUUCCUUACAACAACCACGUCUACGGUGGUCCGCCAGGCCCGCCUCAAUAUGCGCCACAUCACAAUCAAACACCUCCACAAUAUAUGAAUCGCGCCAGUAUGUACGAUGACUAUGGGCGUGAUCCAAGUUCACCACAACCGAAUCCGAUGUAUCCACAUGAAAUGUCACCACAACCAGCGCAACCGCAUCGACGCACUUGGAACCAAUCAGUAUACGAGCAACAGCAACAACAGCAGCAGCAGUACCAGCAACCGCAAGCACCUUUGGUGGAUGUGAAUGCUUGGCAGCAACAGAAGCAACGUUCUUGUUUGCCCAUGGAUGGCAACUACACUUGGAAAAAAUCGAAUCAAAUGCAGAAUAAUAGUGGACGCGAGGGAUUUGUGUUGCAUCAAAAUGAUGGUGGCGGUGAAUUUCAACAUCUCUUCCGCUCCUCACCGCAGCAUAUGCAACACAACAACGAUGGUGGCGGUGGUGGUGGCGUUUUACAGCGCCAGCAUUCUGUAACCAAUAUGCCAAUGUCAACGAAACAGGCGGUCACGACAACGGCGUCUUCCUCCAACUCUUCAGGCGGUCAACAGUUGUCCGAUGAUAUGAUGGCGCCUCAGAGUAUCUGCUUUAUUGGCGAUGAGGAUGAUGUUGAGGAGCUGGAACGUAAUAUUAUCGAAUCUAUGCAGAAUACGCGCAUAGCUGACUAUGCACACCAGCAGCAGCAGCUUCAAAUGCAACAACAACAGCAACAGCAUUACCAUCAACAUGGUAGUGAUGGCAGCUACGACGGUGGCAACGAGGUGCUGCCACAAAAGCUGCACAUAACCAGUGGUAAUCUGACAUACCGCAUACCCUCACCGUCCAGACCCGCUGUGAAUGCCCAUAGUUUUCAGGAUCCGCGUGAUGCGAAAACCGAAAAAGGCUUUUACAUAUCCUUCGAUGACAACCAGCCCAAGCGCCCUAAGCCGCCCUUGCGCGUGAAACGUUCGCCGAAGAAAGAGAAAAGCAUGGAUAGCACUGACCAUCAGGUCACCAAAAUGGAGCCACUCCAUCGGUCGCAUAGCAUUAGCGAAGACAACAACCCGACCUAUAACGGUGGUACAAUGCAUAGCGGCACACGGCAGUUUGGUGGCAACAACUUGGAUGUGAUUAAGAAUGGCAACAAAAUGAGUGAGAUUAAUACGGCUACAUAUAACAAAUACACAGAUGCACCAAUACAGAUACGCCAUGAUGACCUCAAUAGCCAAAAAGCGCCUGCGCACCCACGCUCACCGGUGCACCAAUUCAAUACGUCUGCGGCGGCGGCGGCACUGUCGUCCUCACCUACACGUAGUCAACUGAAUACGAAUGCCGCUGGUGUUAUCGGCAGCAGCAGUAGCAGCCAGGCGAAGGCGUUGGUGAUUGGUACCGAUGUGAGCAGCUUGGAUCGCGAAUCCAUUGAUGAAAUGGAGCGACGCAAAGAGAAAAUUAUGUUGCAAUCGUUGCAACGUCGUCAACAGCAAGAAGAAGCGAAGGCGCGCAAAGAAAUCGAGUCAGCACGCAAACGUGAACUGGAGCGCGAAAAGGAGGAGGAGAAAGCGCGCAAAAAGGAAGAGCAAAUGGCGCGAAGGGCGGCUAUUUUAGAGCAACAUCGCCUAAAAAAGGCCAUCGAGGAAGCCGAGCGAGAGGGUAAAACGCUCGAUCGUUCUGAGCUAACGAUGAAACAAACAACACAAAAUACACCUACGCCGCGUCUCCGACAGACACGCAUUACCCGACCACGUCCCAAGACCAUACACGUCGAUGAUGGUUCAGUGGACUUGAGUGAGGCAUCGAGUAUUUCUAGUCGUAGUAAAAAAGGUUCUAGUACCAAUCUAACAGCCUAUGGUACGUUGAGCAAUUCCAACACCCUGAGACGAGAUUUUUAUAGAGGCUCGCACGAUUCUCUAACUGUGAAAGAAUCACCUGAUGAAUACCCAAGCACAAGUUCAACUCCAAUUGGGCGCAGGGGAUCAUAUAAGGCAUCAAGAGAACCAACCGUCGAUCGAGGCCGCUCACGUAUAUCUGUAGCUAAAGGAAGUAGCCUUAAUUUCCGUGGUCGCAAGUCGAAUUCGCUAAUGAAUCUGUGUGAUUCGGGAUUGGGUCGUGCCACUCCGCCACGUCGUGCGCCAUCACCUGGGAUGGCCUCAGGUAGGCAUAUGCCAUCACCAUCUGGGCCAGGCUCGUUGCCGCCUGGUUUGAUAUCGAAACGGCGCGGCUUCGAUGAUGGAUCGGGCUUACUCUCAGCCAAUCUCGGCUCCAUGGAUUAUUCGGGCCCGAAGCUCUACAAACAACCAGCCGCCAAAUCCAAUCGUGGCAUCAUAUUGAAUGCUGUCGAAUAUUGCGUUUUCCCGGGUGCGGUAAACCGUGAGGCCAAACAAAAAGUGCUCGAAAAGAUUGCACGUUCCGAAGCGAAACAUUUUCUUGUACUCUUCCGCGAUGCCGGUUGCCAAUUCCGUGCAUUGUACAGCUACGUGCCCGAAACGGAUCAAGUGUCCAAAUUGUACGGUACAGGACCUAGUCAAGUGGAUGAAGUUAUGUUUGAUAAAUUCUUUAAGUAUAACUCAGGCGGUAAAUGCUUCUCGCAAGUCCAUACAAAACAUCUAACGGUCACCAUCGAUGCAUUUACGAUUCACAAUUCGCUGUGGCAGGGGAAAAAAGUGCAGUUGCCUAGCAAAAAGGAUAUGGCGCUUGUUAUUUAAAGUGCACGCCCAAUGUAGGCCCCGCCCCUCUUAUAUGGCAACGCGCGCAUGUAUUGGAAAAUUCAAAACAAAGGAAUUGCAAAGUGUUGCAAGCGAAAGCGAAAGCGACAUAAAGCAUGCGAAUCGUCGUCGUGACUGCACUGAUAUAUGUAGAUGUAAAUUGUUGCUUCGAAAGUUCUAUAUGCAUAUACAUAUACGUACAUACUUAUAUAUAUAAAUAUAUAUAGUUAUGAUAAUGAUUGGUGUGCGCAUAUGCAAGGCAAACAAAUAGAGAAAAAGAUUUAUAAAAGAAACAAAAAGAAGAAUGAAAGAUAAAACAAACAGUAAAGGCAUGUAACUAACAUUUACUAACUGCAAAACUUAAAGUUGAAAACACUUGCAGCACAGUAAAGUUACGCAAAAGCGAGACAGAGAGAGAGAUAGAGGGGGAAAGAGAAAAAAGUGAGGGAAAGAGAGUGUUGAUGCGGAGUGUGAAAGCUCUAAAACGGAAAAACAAGUUCUAGGUGAAAGCAUAAGCUAAAGCUGGCGCAAAUUUAGGAAUCCACACACACACACACACCCACACUCAUACACACAGGAUAUUCAUAUAUAUAUAUACACAUUUAUGUAUAUAAGCAUAUAUCCACAUACAUAUACAAACAUUAUAUUAAUAUAAAACAAAUAUUUAAUUAAUUAUCUUUUAUAAGCUUGAUAGUAUAUAUAAAACACCUGUUGAACUUAUUUAAAAAUAAUCACUAUAUGAUAUGCUACCUACAUACAAACGUACGUACUCGUGUAUUGUGUAACUCCUCUUGUCAAAGUUAUUUACUUCUUUUGCUCUUUAUAUGUAACAAAAACACCCUUACACACACCCACACACAAUCCCACAUACACACCAAUCCAAUACAUACUCGUCGUAUAUACUAAAUAUUACAAAUUACAUUCUAAUUUUUAAAGCAACAAACGAAACAAGCUAAACAAACCAGAACGAAAACUAAUAGUAUUCACUGUAAACUUAUUUGAGUGAACUCAUUUGAAUUUUUUUUUAAUAAUUAAUACUGUUUUAUUUUAAUUCUUUUUUUUUAACGGAAAAAAAAUAUAUAUAGAAUGGAUUUUUUAAAAUCGAUAUUUCAUAGAAAUAAUUUUGUAGAAAUAUUUAAUGUGGAACAGCUUCAUAAAUACAUACAUAAAUAUAUACAUAACUAAAUAUAUAUGAACAUGCAAAUUGAUGAUGGUAUGACUUAAAAAGCAUAACGCAGAAAUAAAAGUACGUAUUUGACGAUGAUGUUCAUGCGCGUGUGCGUCAACGCAAUUGGCGGCAAUUGCUCCAUGUGUACUGCACUGUGUAUUAACGUUUAAAAGGUUUACAAAACAUGUCUAACUAAGGAUGUACUCCUUUUUUCCAAAUUCGAAAGACACGCAAAGAAAUUUUGUACUAAGUAAAAUAUUAUAUUAUAUUAAAUAUAUUUUUUGUUUAACUUCUUUUAUACUCGAAACAAAAUGCAUAGUUGAAAAAGAAUUUGAGUCAUAUUUUACAUGUAAAGUCAAUAAUCGAAGAAAAGUGAGAAAUGUGUUAAUAAAAAAAUUAAUCGACUCCAUCAGUGAUAUUCAGUAAUUUGCUAACGUUAAAGCGCCAACGCUAAAAAUGCGAUAAAAGCAGUAACCCCUACUAAAUUUGUUAGAAACUACCUUUUGUUGUUGUUGUUGUUAAAAACUACCUUUGGAUCAUUCAAGGCGCAUUCAUUAAAGGUGGUGGCACUAGACGAACAACACUGUUAUGUACGUUUGAUUGUCAAAGCAAAGUAUUGAGAAACUAGAAAAGAAAUAAUGAAUUCGCCUUGUCUCAUUCUGAGCUGACAGCCACAUGGACACGGCGAAAGAAAAAAACAAAUCGGCUGAUUUACCAACACCACCUUUAAUAGAUUCGCCUUGCAUCAAUUUAAAUACAAAUGCGGCAGAGUGUACAAAAAUGUACUUCUGAGAACUGAAUUAAUGAAAGAAAUAAAGGAAACUGAAUAAAAUUGGAAAAUUCUUAUAAAAUUCGAUCUGUGUACAAAAUCGUAGAAAUUUUAAAACCUUGCAUGUGAUAAAAAUUCAUACAAACUUUGAUUCAAAAUUUUCGUACCUCUUGGAUUUGUAGGCUUAUUAAAACUCUCAUUAGAUCGAAAGUUCGAAGCCAUUUGUUUUUAUUUUAUUUAAUGAAUUGCCUUGUAAAGUUCGCAAAACAAAAAUUCCGCUAUGUACGCGCAAUACAUAGUGGCUUACUGUGAGCUUAAAAAAUAUUUAAAAUUAAAUAAACACAUUUUUUUUAGUUAAAAGCCUACUGUAGCUAUAUUGCACAUUUUUAGGCGCACAACAAAUGUAUUCAGUGACUUUUUUAGCUGGCGUGUUUAGCGUUAACAAGUUUCAGCAACACAAAAAAUUCUAUUACUAAUGUUUUUAACUCACUUUCUUUAUAAAUUACUAUAGUUGGCACUUAAAUGAUUUAUUUAUAAAAAAUGCCAACUGCAUUGCUUGCACAAAAAAACAGUUUUUAAAUACAUUUUAUCUAUUUUAAAUACACAUUUCGUAAUUAUGUUCGGAAUUUCUAAAUAUUUUUGUAAGUUUUGGUUUAUUUUUACUUAAAAAUCAUUGUUUUCGCAAGCUUCCAAUGAAUGUAUUAAAAAAUGUAUAUGCACAUAAUUGAAAUCAUAAAUUUCUUUGGAAAGGGUUCUCAAAGACAUGUUCCAACAAAAAAAAAAAGAAAAGAAAAAACAUUACCACGAUUAAAUGCGUUUUAAAAACUUGCAUGAAACACACGAAAAGAAAAAACAAAAACCAAAAGGUUGAGCAGCGCUAUGAAAACGUAGUACUUCCAAGAUCGAAACAUUGUAACAGUAAUUUAAAAAAUUAAUAAUUUAUAUUAUUGUUAAAUAGAAUUGAGCAUUGCACAUAUUCGUUUAUUUCCUUUAUAAAUUUUAAUUUUUAUGCUUUUUAAAAGAGUUCAAUAUGUUUCAAGUCCAAAGUUCCAUAACCCCUCUAAUUUCGAUUACGCAUUUUCGAUAUCAACAUUUUAUAAAAUUCAUAGACUUUCUGUCCACAAAUAUCUGCGCAUGAAAAUGAAAAGCAUUAGCUGUUCGAGAAUCCACUAGUUUGUUUUUUAAGUUAAUACAUAUACACAAAUAUUUU